AUGAUAAAUAAUCCAUCUCAAAUGAAAACCGUUAAAGAUGAUCUAUCUAAAGGAUAUAUUUUUUAUUAUACACGUUCCAAUAGUAAGUUUUCUUUAUUGCUACUAGUAAGAGAUGAAGUUGGUUCCAAUAUAGGUUUCUACAAUAAAUUAAAGCAUUUUGCAGAAGAUGAUUUUAAUUAUAAAUCAAAAGAAAAAGAUGAUGGGAUUUGGAUUGAAAUCAUUUCAAAUGGAGAAUCCUUAAAAAUAUCUAAAAUAUCACUUAAAAAAUAA